UUAGCUGAGGAUUAAGGCUGUUAUUGAAUGCAAAAAAUAUUCUGUCUGUUUUCGAGGGCAUGUACUUCUGUGCGUGUCAUGUUUCAACUUUGAAGUGAAGUUAAUCUAACAGACUCUUAGCUGGCUAGCUAGCUAGUGCACUUGGGCGUAUUGUAUUUUCUUUGCUGACGUUCAAUACAGUGAACUAAGUAAGCUAUGUAAUGAACAAAGAGUAACGAGUCGAGUCGAUUCAGCGCCACUGUUGGAAGAUGUUAAGUUUUUUCGGACUACGGAAAGACCCAUCCAAGAAGCCUGCAGCCGAGAGGGAGCUGGAUGGAUUCGUGAUCAUCGGAGAGACAGUGGAGGAGCAGAGACAGAAGAGCAGCACUCAGCCCUCCACAAACGUCAUCAUACAACCAGCUAAGCCGCUCAGGGGCAGGGCUCCACAGCCCGUGUACGAGGACCCGCAGGCGUCCCUGGCUGUGCCUGCGGGGGAGUUUCCCCCCAGCCCGGCCCGCACAGACCCGGCCCCCUCCCUGCCCGAGCUCCUGGCGGACGUGCCCUUCACGCUCGCCCCCCAUGUCCUGCACAGGCAGGCGGGGUGUCCCCUGCUCCCCGACGUCCUCCUCACCACGGACAUCAACCACAACCUGGACUGCUUCCGCUACGACUUCACCCUGGAGAACUCCGUGCUGAGCGAGCCGUAAGGGGGCCCGGACCUGACUGACUGUUCGCCCUCUCGCCAUCACCAAUGUGCUGUCCAAUUAGCUGCUGGCUCCUCAGAAACACCUGUGUUUGACUUACCUGUGGAUUGAUUUACCUGCCUGUUUACCUGUGGAUGAUUUACCUGCCUGUUUACCUGUGGUUGACCCUAUUAGUCUACCCUGGACAAACGGAUCUCUUCUCUCUUGGUGGCAUGGGGGACAUGGACCACAGACCUGUGUGUGUGUGUGUGUGUGUGUGUGUGUGUGUGUGUGUGUGUGUGUGUGUGUUGACCCUAUUAGACCCUCUUGGUGGCAUUGGAACAUGGACCACAGACCUGUGUGUGUGUGUGUGUUAGACCCUCUUGGUGGCAUGGGGACAUGGUUAGUGUGUGUGUGUGUUGGGGACAUGGUUAGUGGGUCUGGGUCUGGUUCUGCUAUGCAUGAGGCCAGAACCACAGGGCUUUUCUAGUUCACUCAGGAAGGGCCGUCAGAAGAGCUUCAGCAUCUGUGCUGGGGGUCGGGGUCAAGGGUCGGGGGUCAGGGGUGGCUAACAGCAGGUGGAAAUCUGAUCUUUGCUGAUGCCUUUCCAAGUCAAGUCAAGUCAAAGUGUUUAUUGUCGCAUACACCAAAUUUCUUCAGCGCAGCCAAAUUCUUACGACUUGGCAGCCAACAUCUACGCAGUAGCAAAAGGUAACAAAAAUAACAUAUACCAGAAA